CCAGUGCUUUUCCCCCAUUAUGGUUUCAACCUUUUAUCUUAAUUUUUUAUUCAGUUUGAUAAGUAUGUUUAUAUAAUUAUUGAAAAAUAUAUUUUUACAUAAUGCAGGAUGCAAGCUGUGCGUGUCAAAUACAGAGAUCGACAGAAAUACGUCUGUUUUGAAGACCAACUGUCUUACAGUUCGUUUUUGGAAUGUGCUGCAAAAAAGUUCAGCAUUCCAACCUUGGAUUUAAAAGUCUUUGAUGACUCAAAGACUGAAGUGGAUGAGGAGGUUUUUGAGCUCCUUUUGAAAAGUCCAAACCUUGGUGUGCUGGAAAUUUGUGAAGCACAAGAUCUCAAUCCAGAAGAUAAUCCUAUGGAUCAGCAAAGUUGUGCAGCAAGCAGCUCCUUUACCAGUUCUAGUGGAGAAACGGAAGUGGACUCCGAUGACACCAUUGUGUUGCAACACAGUCCUGCAACAAGACGGAGAACUGAAGACACCUCUCUUGCCCAAAUGAUUGAAAAUGUUCUAAAGAACAAACCAGGAGGAGACAGGAUCAUCAAUGAAUAUGCGCAGACAAAAAGCCUAACAGACAGCAGACGGCGUGACAUGGUCAAGAUAUUGGUUGCACAUAUGACAAGUGAACAUGGAACAAGUCCUUCCAGAUGUAUCAAAGAGGACUAUGCAAAGGGUAUUAUUACCUUGUUCCCUUACCUGGCUGAUCCUAAGAGCAGAUUUGGCUAUGAGCAUUAUUACAAUGCAGAAGAUGGGAGUGGGUAUCUGGCUUGGAGACUGAAGUUUGUCCAGAGAGAAGCUUCUAAUGGACAAAAGAAGRUCCCCAGACUGUCACAAACCCAAACAGGGGGACCAACAACUGAUAGGGACUGUUUGAGAGAAGAAGACUGCCUUAUGACAGACAGCUUGUGUUCUGAGGCCAUUGCGCUGAUGAAGCACACAGCUGAUGAAGGAACUGUUAUGAGGAAGAUGAAACAGACUUUCAACUAUCGCCAGAAGAUGAUUCAUGACCCAGUGAAGUCAUCUAGUAUCUUUUUGGACUUCCCAAGAUUCCUGGACAUAGGAGGAUUGGUUGAGCARGAUUUUACAUUGAUGUUUGGGGAAACCAUCGCUGCAAAGUUCCUGGAGAAGUGGCCCACUGUCUACAAGCAGAAAGUCCUCGAACAAAGCCGUGGUCUCACACAGUCUGAUGACCUUCAGAACCUUCUUCACAAUGCUGAAGGCACAACAGAAGUGGAAAAUGGAUGGGACAGUGACAUGUCAUCCAUUUUGAUCCUUGUGCACCUCCUGCCACCGUCACCUCACGGCCGCAAGAGACCAGGRAAACUCUCAGCCAGACAAGCCAGUGAACAUCUUGUGAAGUUUGUCAAGAGACAGGAACCAGCAUCCAGGAGCACCUUGAUGGCAUCGCAGAAAGGCGUCAACCGUACCUGCUUGCAGUAGGGACUCAGAGGAGCGUGAUUCACAAGUACUUCAUUGUGAUUGACAAACGUGCCAUACCUUGUAGAUCA